CGAGAGUGAUGGGAGCUGUGCCUCCAGCUCUGUGACAUGUCAGCGAGCCAGACCCCCAGCCUCAUUUCUCCUCUUCCCCCUGCAGAGGACAAGGACUACAGACAGCAGGCAGCUGUGCCCCUGGAGACAGAGACUCACAGUGGGGAAGACGUGGUGGUGCUGGCCCAGGGCCCCAUGGCCCACCUCUUCCACGGUGUGCAGGAGCAGCACUACAUUGCCCAUGCCAUGGCCUACGCCGCCUGCCUUGAGCCCUAUGCCACAGAGCCUGGGUGCAGGGCAGCCCGCAGGGCCUCCCAUGGCACACGGUGCUCCCCACAGCCCCUGCUGGCCCUCCUGGCCCUCUGCAUGGCUGCCCUCACAGUGAGGGGCUGAGAGGCUCUGGCUGAGUGCCACUGUGGGCAGGACCAAGGGGUGCAAUAAACACAGGUUGUUUGUCUCCA